AGAAAGAGAGAAAGAACUGAAGUGACUCUGAGUUGUAAUAAUAAGGCGGCGUUGUUUAUCCAAAGAGAAGGGGCUGGACGAAGUCUGAAUUCAGAGCCAAACUUUUCUUUACUUCCAUUUCCUUCUCUUCACCAAAGGAGUCUAACACGAACCGCAGCGUCGAGCGAGCGAGCAAGGUCAACAGCAGCGGCAGCCCCGCGAGCUGUCAGAAAGGCACCGGCCAGCCGCGGCUCCCGGUAGUUUGCGGAGAAAACCUAUCUUGAGUUGUAGCGGGAGAGCGAACGGGCUGAACGAACGGAAAGCUGAAGGAAAGUUGAGUUGAACCGAGUGGCACCAUGUUUAAUAAUCCGGGGACGUACGCCAACAAGAAGAGGAAGAAGCCCGUCCUCAAGCAGAAGAAGGUCGCCGACAACAAUGAAGUUGUUAAAUCGAACCCUUCCAAGCGCCACCGGGAUCGGCUGAAUGGGGAGCUGGACCGCUUGAUGGAGCUGCUGCCUUUCCCUGAUGAGGUUCGCUCCCGCUUGGACAAGCUCUCUGUCCUGCGCCUGAGCGUGGGAUACCUCAGGGUCAAGAGCUACUUUAAAACUUCCAUGAAGAAUGGUAAUGGCAGCCGGGUGCCUCUGGGGGUCAACGGGCAGAACAUGGACUCUACUGGUUUCUCUGAAGGAGAGCUGCUGCUGCAGGCGCUGAACGGCUUUGUGUUGGUGGUGACAUCUGAAGGAAUGGUGUUUUACACCUCCCCUACCAUCAAAGACUACUUGGGCUUCCAUCAGUCAGACGUGGUCCACCAGAGUGUGUUUGAGCUCAUCCACACUGACGACCGAGCCAUGUUCAGACAGCAGCUCCACUUUGCCUUAAACCCUCCUCCAAUCCCCUCAGAUGCAGACCUCUCCCAGAACUGUGAAAAUGCAGUGAUGUACAACCCAGAGCAGCUCCCCCCUGACAACUCCUCCUUCCUGGAGAGGAGCUUUUUCUGUCGCUUCCGAUGUCUCUUGGACAACUCCUCCGGCUUCCUGGCCCUGAAGUUCCAUGGGCGCUUGAAGUACCUCCAUGGUCAAAACUUUUCCAGGGACAGUGAGAGCUGUAAACGUAUCCAGCUGGCUCUGUUUGCCAUCGCUGUGCCUGUCCAGUCUCCGUCAAUUGUGGAGAUCAGAGCCAAAAUGCUCCUCUUCCAGACAAGGCACAAGCUGGACUUCACACCCACUGGCGUUUGCAGCAGGGGGAAGAUAAUCCUGGGUUAUUCUGAGACGGAGCUGUGUAUGAAAGGCUCAGGAUAUCAGUUCAUCCAUGCUGCUGACAUGAUGUACUGCGCUGACAACCACAUCCGCAUGAUUAAAACAGGAGAGAGCGGUCUGACUGUGUUCAGACUGCUCAGCAAAUCCAACGGCUGGGUAUGGGUGAACUCUAACGCCAAGCUCAUCUACAAAGGAGGGAGACCUGAGUUCAUCAUUGCAUACCAGAAAGCUUUAACCAACGCUGAGGGAGAGGAGUACCUGAGACAGCGGCGGCUGCAGCUGCCCUUUAGCUGCGCCACAGGAGAGGCCAUUCUCUACAAUACUGGGCCCACCAUGGACAUCUCGCAGCUCCAGUUUGACAAAAUGUUUGACACCAGAAAUACGAAGAGGGACAUGCUCCCCACCUCCCUUCUUGACUGCUUCAUGAGUCAGGAUGAAAGCAUGUACAACCAAGCGGUGGACAACCCCCUACCUGUGGACCAGGUGUUCAUGGACACCCACGCACUGGUCGCUGUACCCAGCAACGAGUGGCAGAAGACCUCAUCAGAGGUGCCAGCUGAACCCAUGUUGGUGAAGGAGGAGGCCAAGCAGUCAGUGCUGGCUGUAAUCGACAGCCUGGAGAAGCUGACUCACAGUGGAGACUUUGAGGACAUUCUGGGGAACAUGGAGGUAGACGAUUCUGAGCUGAUGGAGUUGGAAAACUGCUUUAAGAAGUUCCACCAGGAAGAGGAUCCUCAGAGAAGUUCUGGCUCCGAUCUGGACAACUUCAUCACUGAUGAGAUUGUAGACUUUAUUGACUCAGUGUUCAAAGAGAGGAGGGGGGAGUGCUUGAACAGCCUCACCUUGAGCUCCCUUACAGAAAUCAACAAUUUCUCAUCCUCUGAACUGUGUGAGCCACAGCUCUUCCACACUCCCGACCCCAGUUGUUCUUACUCAACAGUGAGCAGCUGCUACGAACACCUAAAUGAUUCUGUGCUUUCAGGCCAGAGUCUGGCUGAGUCCACUCCGAUGGGCAGCAAAAGCCACAAACAAACUCAACAGGGUCACACUGAUAGCAGUCUGCCGCUACUGCAGCAGCUGCAGCUGCAUGACAUCUUCAGUCCAGCCAUAGAGCUCCCAGCGCUCACUGUACCCAACAACUCAGUGACAGAGGCCUUCCCUUCUACUCAGACCUGCCAGAAGCAGCAGGCAUCCAUCAUGCCAGCCAGAUGUUCUCAGGGCAGUUCAUCUCAGCUGCUCCUGCAGCUGGGAAGCAGCUUGGAGGGACCAGAACGAGCAAAUGGCCAGAUCCUGCACAAUUCUGCUCAACAUCUGAGCAACACAGUACUUGGUGUAAAAACAAUUCCCUAUAGCAACUUCACCGCCACACCUCCUGAUGGCUGUGAUCCAAAGUUUCUGCAGAAGGGUCUUGUGUGUGAGAACCACAGGGCUCCUGUGCAGCAGUGGCUUCAGAGCCAGCAACAGACACUACCACAUGCUGACAUCAUCCAGAAUGAACAUGAGUCCAUGUCCACAUUCCAGAACCAACAUCCAGGGAGCCAAACAUUCCCUAGUUCCAGCUUUUGUCCAGGCAGCAUCAGCAGUCUAAGUCACCUGGAGCAAGGAGGUCUGGGGCCAGCUGGCAGUCAGGACCCCCACAGCAGCUGCAUGUUCCAGCAGCACUUCUCCAACCCAGCAGGGGUAAAACUUUUAUCUCACUAUGGUCCCCCAGACCUCAACGGGGAUCAGAGUCCCAGCUACCUACAGUGGAGCCACAGUGAACUUCCAGUGGGCACAUCAGCCAUCAACCAGGAGAUGCCCAACAUCGGCCCUCUGGUCCCUGGCAUGGCCCCCGCAGAGGACUCCUGUAACGUGCAGCAGUACCUGGACAGCAACACACAGACACCGCAGAACAGCAGAGUAGCCGCUCAGUCUCGAGGAAUUUUCAUCAAUCCUGCUCUCAUGGAGUAGAACGCAGCCUCAUCCAUCGACAGCAACACAAACUCAGUAUAGCUUGCCUAUAUCAGUGCUUAUCCACAUCACAUAUGUUCUAAUAUUAUAUAUGUGUUUUAUACUUCUUUGUACAAUUACACAAAUGCUCUUCUCUCUGCUUGUCAGCUGUUGCUUUCGUGAAAAUACACAGUAGUAACAAUGAAGUAUGAAUUUACAAGUGUGUUUACCAGGAUGCAGAUGGAGCCAACCAAAGAUGUUUUAUAAGGGAAACCCGAGCUCCUUCCAAAACUUGGAUGUUUUAUUGCAAUCACUCAUGUUUUUCUAAAGGACCUAGUAAUCUGGGUAAAAAUAUUGAACUGUGCCUUCAGAUGCAUAGGAUAUCAGAUGAAAUCUGUACAUUUUAAAUGAAACUGUCCAACUGGUUGAUGUAAUUGUAUAUUUAUUUGUUUAAUUUUUUAUGUGCCUUUUUAUUUUAGGUUUGUUUGUUACAUCUGAAUUCUUUGGCUCUUCAAACCCCACACGUAUAGAAUGCAUCAGCAUAUGUUCAUUUAUGUGCAGUCUAUAGAAAUGCAUUUCUUGGGAAAAUGAUUCUAGAGAUUUUGUGUUUGAACAAGCAAGCACUCCGCUGCACCUUUGCACCAAAUCCAUUAAGAUCCCGUCUGGACUUCACUUUAAGUGCCUUUUGCAGUCUCACUAUGUAUAUAAAAGCCAUUCACAUUCACCUCUGCAACAAGCUAACAACCAAAGCUUCCCAGAGAUUGUCCCCUCACACAAGUGUUUAAUUUCAAGCCAUUUAGCCGCUUCUGUAAAACCAGAAAAGGCUAAGAAAACAUGCUGCAGAAAGUUCAGCCUCCAGAUUCCAACACAGCCACAAAAUAUAAAAUUUUAUUUCUAAUGAAAGAAUACCUGUUAAUUGAUAAAGUAUAUGCUGUAGAUGAUUCAGCCCAACAUAAAUUUAUAACACCAUGUAGUGAUCUGUUUGUAUCUGAUCAUAACUUAUGCAGCGACUAUUUACUGUCAGACCUGAACUGAUCUUGGUGGUUCUAAAAUGUAAUACCAAACCCAAGCGCUAGGUGUCAUCACAAACUAGCACACAUUUUUCAAAUUGAUGAGAUUGUUGUGCUCAAUAUAUUUGAGGAAAUAAUUGCAGUAAAGAAAGUUUAAGCUUAUAUAAAGCUGUUGUUAGUCCAGUAGGGCUCCUCAGAAUAUCUUUCUUUGAUAAUUUAUUUACUAUAUAUGCGUUUGUUGCUUCACGAGCAUUUCUAAAAUUUUAUUAAAAGUCAUUGUAAAAACUUAAGUACAUCUUACUUUAAUUCUAAGGCUUUCAUAAAUCAGAACAGGUACAAAACACAGGAAUGAAAUGGCUUAAUUACCUCCUUCUUGUGUAGAUCAGUUCUCCAGAGCCUUGCCAAUGACCUAAUUAUUUUAUUCAGGUGUGGUGCAGCAGAGGCACAUCUAAAUGUUGCACGACGCUGGCCCUCAGAACAUGAUAAAAGUGAAGUGGUUGUUAGCAAGUCCUGAUAAUUUUAAAUCUAACUUCAGGUAAAAACACAGUUUCUACAUUCUGCUGUAAUUUAUUAAAUAAAUGCAAAACGCAAGAGCUGUUUACAAAAAACUAUUAUUCAGUAGCCUCAAGAUCCUCCUUUGGCAGAAAUCAUCUAAUUUACACCAAGAAUAAAAUCUCACUUUAUCGUUAGCAUGACGUGGUUUUAGCCCAUCUUCAGGCAGCUUACCUCACAAGGAACAUUUUGCCAUGUUGAGGACAUCAUAGGAAAAGCUAAUGCCUGUUAGACUGCAAAGUGCCCAGCUCCUGUGACUGCAAAGGAGGCCCAGUUCAUCAGUUCUUCACCACUGUGCUUUGCAGGUGUUGAACUGCUGGGAAUAAUGGUCAAACACUUCUUCUUUGGCCAUAUGUGUUUAAUGGACAGCUCUGAAAGUUUGGUACAUCUUUUAGAUGAAGUUUUGGUGUUUAGAAAAAAGAGCCCAUCUUCUUCAGCUCUGUUGUACAAAUCAUGCUUCUGCAAUCUUUUCCUCAUUGCUCUGUUUUGAAGUUGAUUAUGCUACCAUUAAAGGAUAAAAAGUCUGAGAGGAAACUCAGACAAUGUAUUCUCCCAACAUUUUAAAUUACUUGGAGAUUAACUCCUGGGAGAAAGGCGACUGCCCUCAGCUCUUUCCAGAAUCAUCUGAAAAAGCAUUGCCUUUCAUCAGGUUCCUGGAAACUGUUGCUUUAAAACUAGGUUGGACCUCUGGAUCAGUGGACUCUGUCAGAUUUGGAGUGGUGCUGUGACCCAUACUGGACACGUGUGAGUCCAUUUUAAAACACACAUCUACUCUUCUAAGUUCCCCUGCUGAGAUCCCUGCACAUGGACUAGAGUAGAACAUGUUGUUAUCACACUACAGAGUUCCAGCCCAGGUUGAAAAAAAUAGUAACAAGGUCCUUUUUUCAUCGGAAUGCAAGCUUCCUAAAUGCCCCGAGUGGCUUUGUGGCGUCAGGUUGUUGACAAUAGCUUAAGUGGUAUUGAAACAACAAGCAGAUGAAUGUGAGACUGGCUCAGACUUGCGAUUCAAACACUGAACUCCAACACAAAGACACACCCAAACUUGUGCCCUGUGCCUUCAAAUAAAUCCCAACUUCAGCAGAAAUUCCAUGUUGUUGUAGAGACGUUUUGCUUUGUGUCUAUAUCAGGGGUGUCAAACUCCAGUCCUGGAGGGCCACUGUCCUGCAGUUUUUCAAUGUGCCACAGGUACAAAACACAGGAAUGAUUUCAUUCCUCCUUGUGUAGAUCAGUUCUCCAGAGCCUUGCCAAUGACCUAAUUAUUCUAUUCAGGUGUGGUGCAGCAGAGGCACAUCUAAAUGUUGCACGACGCUGGCCCUCGAGGACUGGAUGUUGACACCCCUGGUCUACAUGGUUCUCUGUAUCAGAAAGUGCAUACAUUUGCAUCUAACCAGGACAAACAACGAUGACAAGGGAACAGUGGUGUGACCUGAUGAAAGAAAGUGAGAACGUGACAGUGCUUUUAGAUCUCAACUUUCUUUGUUUCUUCAGCUUUUUCUACUCUUUUUGUAAAAUUUUUCACACUACAGAAUGAUGUGGGGGGUCUCAAAAAGCUGAGCUUGAUCUCCAGUAACAUGGCAGCUUCAUGGAUUCCUGCUCUUCUCUAGGAAACCACUCAGUAUUUAAAUUUCCGUCACAACUGUCAUGUAUGUUCAUGUGUAUAUUUUAAUGAAAACAUUAGAAUAUACAUAUGAGACUUUAUAUUCAGUAAUAACCUAAAUAUCUGAUUGUUGAGGCCUUUUUCAAGGCUGUUGUUGGAGAUGUUUCUGCUCCACCAGCAGGGGGAACUCAUCUGUUGAACUCUGAUGACUGCAGCCACUAUGAAAAACGUGGAGUCGAACGUUUGAGUCAAUCAUGUUGGUGAGCUAACAUGUGCUCUAAUAGUUGCCAUAUGUCUGCUCUUGUAUUAAAAAGAGGAAAGAAAAAUGUCAUUGAAUUUUAUCUAACCAAGUACUUAAAAUAUAUCUUUAUCAUUAUAUAACAUGGCUUUGUAUACUGUUAUAUGCUUUUUUCAUAAACAAGUGCAAUCAUU